UUUUGUUUUAAUCACCUUGUGCGAACUGCAUCCGUUUGCCAUACUGUCAGUUCAUUGUGUGUUUUCGUGGUUAACAAGAUGGGAAGGCGCAACUCGGAGAAUAAUGAUCGUCGUACCGAACAAUUUCGCAAGCUGUUCAUUGGAGGACUCACUCCUCUUACUACGGAAACCAAGCUGAAAGACUUUUAUUCCCAGUGGGGAGAAAUAGUAGAUGUUGUGGUGAUGAAAGAUGGUCGUACUAACCGCUCCAGGGGCUUCGGUUUUAUCACCUACAAGGAUCCUGAAAUGGUAGAUGCUGCACAGUCUAAUAGACCACAUGAAAUUGAUGGCAAAACAGUUGAAGCCAAGAGAGCUAUGCCACGUGAAGACUCCAAUAGUCCUGAGUCCCACAUGACUGUGACAAAACUUUUCGUUGGUGGCUUGAAAAAGGAUGUGACUCAUGAGGAACUGCGUGAAUAUUUCUGCAAGUUUGGUAACAUUACCGAUUGUGAGGUUGUUUCUUGGAAAGAAUCAGGGGAGUCACGGGGUUUCGGCUUCGUCACAUUUGAUGAUUACGAUCCUGUUGAUAAGGCCAUACUGUACAAACCACACUAUAUUGGCUCCAGCAAAGCAGACGUGAAGAAGGCUCUCAGCAAGGAACAGAUCAACACAAUGAAGAAGAAGCAGGAGUCCCGAAACGACUACAACAACAAUUACGCUGGUGGUGGCUAUGGACCGAUGGGCGGAGGCUAUGGUGGGUAUGAUGGAGGCUACGGUGGUUCCUACGGAGGCGGUCCUUAUGGUGGGUAUGGCUCAAACGGCGGUGGUGGUGCCUACGGUGGCGGAAAUUAUGGAGGCGGCUGGGGUCCGAACCACAUGAAUGGAGAUGGUCCCGGCUGGGGUCAGGGAGGCAUGGGCGACGGAUUUGGACACUACGGGAAUCAACAAAACUAUGCUGGUGGUCCAAUGAGGGGUGGUCCACCAGGGCCUUACCAGAGGAAUGCUCCCUAUGGAGGGGGCUAUGGUCGUCGUUAACUUCAGACAGGGUUAGUAUGGCCUCAACAGUUUGGUCUAGGCAGUUCUACUAGCAGAGGAGACAGAGUUGUCCUAGCGCCCUCAAGUUCUAGGUCAGCCAGCAGAAAGUCGACAGCCUGUCUAUAGCUGAGGAGGCCAGGGAUCCUAUUAUUCACUGUGUAUAUACUGUUAACUGUUAAUUUUCACUGCAUGUGCAAUCGAGCGUUCUUUUUAACUGUCAUGUCCAUUGUGAGCUAGCUCCCAACCGAGAGUGACUUUCAUCUUUAAGUGUAAAGUUUCGUAUCAUAAUUGCAUAAGCCCAUGCAGCGUCAUUUUUUAACCCAGCUUUGUCACUAGUAUUGAAGGAAAUAAAAGUAUUUAAGCCAGUUAGUCUUCUGAGUUGUGAGUUUUAUAAUUGGUAGUAAUGAGGGAGAUGGAUGCUUGUUGGGCGGAAGACGAGGUUGGCUUGCUAGGUCUUUCAGCCCUUUUAUGUUAAGCGUGCCUAUCACCAAGUCAGGUACCAGAAAGUGAGCAAUAUUAAAAUUCGUAGUGCCAUAGCGCAGUGUUUCGUAAAUUUGGGUCCAAAAAGGCAUGUAGCAGGAUCGAAACCAGUGUCCAUUCAUUUUGUUCACAAUUUUUGAGUGGUUUUGCAGAUCUCCCGAUGACCUUUGGAGGACUGAUGCUCGUCCGUGGCGUGGAACGCAAUGGACUCGCAAGCCUGUAUGAUUAAAACAUUAUGCAUGCUGUGAAACAUUGUGAAAAAUAAAUUUACGGAUUGAUUCCGCAUGUACAA